AAUACGUGUUUGGCGACCUAUCGCUGUCACUGUUUAACUUCAAGGGUGUAAACUUCCGACGAGAGCCGGCGGAGCUAGCGCAGAUUAGCUGCCUAGCCUAGCCUAGCUCAGCUUGCUAACGUGUUGUGAUGGCAUGAAAUGUGCUCCGCUGAUGAGGCAGCUUGCUGCUAGAUGCCAGUGUGUGCUUUGGGAUUUACUGUGUCACAUUAUGUAAUGGUAUAUAUUUAAAAAAAAGAAAGAAAAAGACACCCAGCUUUAACUUUCUAAUAAGAAGCGCCUGCUUUAGCUACCUAGCCAGAUGACAAAGACAUGCGAUGCUAACGUUUCAAACUCAACCCCAUGGCGAUGAGAGAGGCGAUGGUCCAUGAAGAGGUUUGGAUACACAGAGAGUGGCUCGUCCACCAGAGAAACCAUCAGUCACUGGAGCACAGAUAACACCUUCAAACUGAUAAACCAUGAUCCCCAUCACUGAGCUGCGGUACUUUGUGGACACACAGCCAGCAUACCGCAUCCUGAAACCAUGGUGGGAUGUGUUCACCGACUACAUCUCCAUUGUUAUGCUUAUGAUUUCUGUGUUUGGAGGGACACUGCAGGUCACCCAGGACAAAAUGAUCUGCCUGCCUUGCAAAUGGGUGGUCAAUCAGACCUGCAAGAAGAACUUCAAUUCUACCUUCUCAGCAUCAAUGUUCUUGGAGCCCAAAGGGAUCCAGUAUGAUCUGGAUCGCCACCAGUACAAUUAUGUGGAUGCUGUGUGCUAUGAGAAUAGAUUGCACUGGUUUGCCAAGUAUUUUCCCUACCUAGUAUUACUUCACACCCUUAUUUUCCUAGCUUGCAGUAACUUUUGGUUCAAGUUCCCACGGACUAGUUCCAAAUUAGAGCACUUUGUAUCCAUCUUGCUGAAAUGCUUCGACUCCCCGUGGACAACCAGGGCACUGUCGGAGACGGUGGUUGAAGAGAGUGACCCAAAACCGAUGAAAAUGAACGGUUCGACGGACCACAAGGAGUCUGUCAUCAGCGAGGAUGUUGAAGCGAGUGUUCCUAUGCUCCAAAGAACAAAGACACGCUUAGAGCAGGGCAUUGUAGAUAGAACAGAAACCGGGGUUUUGGACAAGAAAGAGGGCGAACAGGCAAAAGCCCUGUUUGAAAAAGUGAAGAAGUUCCGCAUACACGUUGAAGAAGGAGACAUUGUGUACAGACUGUACAUCCGUCAGACUAUCAUCAAAGUCAUCAAGUUUAUUUUGAUAAUCUGCUAUACAGGGUAUUACGUGCAUGAUAUUCAAUUCAGUGUUGACUGUUCGGUAAACAUAGAGAGCCUGACAGGCUACAGCGUGUACCGUUGUGCUCACCCGCUUGCGACACUUUUUAAAAUCUUAGCCUGUUUCUACAUUAGCUUAGUGGUGGUGUAUGGAUUGAUCUGCAUGUACACACUUUGCUGGAUGCUCCGGCGCUCUCUAAAGAAGUACUCCUUUGAGUCAAUACGGGAAGAGAGCAGCUACAGUGACAUACCCGAUGUAAAGAAUGACUUUGCAUUCAUGAUGCACAUGAUCGAUCAGUAUGACCCUCUGUACUCUAAGCGCUUCGCGGUGUUCCUCUCAGAAGUGAGUGAAAAUAAGCUGAGGCAGCUCAACCUCAACAACGAGUGGACACUGGACAAGCUCAGGCAGAGGAUUACCAAGAACUCUCAGGAGAAGUUGGAGUUGCACCUUUUCAUGCUGAGUGGCAUUCCGGAUACAGUAUUUGACCUGAUGGAGCUGGAGGUUCUCAAACUGGAGCUGAUCCCUGAUGUCACGAUCCCCCCGAUCAUCGCCCAGCUGAUCAACCUGCGAGAGAUGUGGCUCUACCACACGCCGGCCAAAAUCGAAGCUCCCGCACUGGCUUUUUUGCGUGAGAACUUGAAGUCUCUGCACAUCAAGUUCACUGACAUCAAAGAGAUUCCCUUGUGGAUCUACAGUUUGAAGAAUCUUAGUGAACUUCAUCUGACAGGGAAUCUCAGCGCGGAAAACAACCGUUACAUUGUCAUUGAUGGGCUCCGGGAGCUCAAGAGGCUCAAAGUUCUUCGUCUGAAGAGCAAUCUCACCAAGCUACCUCAGGUGGUGACUGAUGUUGGCAUGCACCUCCAGAAGCUUUCCAUCAAUAAUGAAGGCACUAAGCUGAUGGUGCUGAACAGUCUGAAGAAGAUGGUAAACCUGACGGAACUGGAGCUCAUCCGCUGUGAUUUGGAGCGCAUACCGCACUCGAUCUUUAGCUUGCACAACUUGCAGGAGAUUGAUCUGAAGGACAACAACCUGAAGACCAUCGAGGAGAUAAUCAGCUUCCAGCACCUGCAUCGGCUGGUCUGCCUUAAGCUCUGGUACAACCAGAUCGCCUAUAUUCCCAUCCAGAUUGGCACAUUAACCAACCUGGAGAAACUGUAUCUGAACAGAAACAAGAUUGAGAAGAUCCCCAGCCAGUUGUUUUAUUGCCGCAAGCUGCGCUUCCUGGACCUGAGCCAUAACAACCUAACAUAUAUCCCAACAGACAUCGGCUUCCUCCAGAAUCUUCAGUACCUCGCAGUGACAGCCAACAGAAUUGAGAGCCUGCCUAAUGAGCUGUUCCAGUGCAAGAAGCUUCGCACUUUGAACUUGGGAAACAAUUGCCUGCAGUCUCUGCCGUCACGGUUUGGAGAGCUGACUGGGCUGACACAGCUAGAGCUGAGAGGAAACCGUCUGGAGUGUCUGCCCGUGGAGCUGGGCGAGUGCCGACAGCUAAAGCGGACUGGUCUCGUGGUGGAGGAGGACCUUUUCAACACCCUGCCCACGGAGGUCAAGGAACAAUUAUGGAAAGUUGACAAAGAACAGGCUUGACCAGGUCUGUGAAAGAAACUGGGCCCCGACACAGGAGGGAACGCCUAUGCUGUCCCAGAGGGCUUGUUGACGCAGGUAGUUGUCGUGCUGCAGUGUACUGCUAGUAAGGUUGGGUAUCAAGAAUCAGUGCCAGUUUGGCAGAACCAAAAUACAGAUAAUUUCAGGUUGUUCUCUUAAUUUUUAACUUGAUUUUCCUUCCUUCACAAACAACUACUCAGGCCUUCCCGUUAUAUCCCAGUAGUGACGCUUUUUAGCAAUAAUGUAGCAGCAGCGAGUGUUUACAUUUUAUGCUUCUCAGUUGUGGCGGUGAAGUUUAAGUAUGCAAAACUGUGGGCUGACUUUGCUACAGACAGCAAAUAUUUGCAAGAAGUUUCCACUGAUUUACUAAAACAUCCGGUAUUAUCAAUAUAUAUAUAAAAAAAAAACAUUACAAGAAUCUUGUAGUAUUGUUUGUUUUACUAAUAAGAUAGCAAGGUGAUUUUAAAGUCCUCAUUUUUAAACUGCAACUAUCACUCCUACAUAUUUUAAGUUGUCCAAUGACAGACAAAGCUGCUUUUUCCAUUGCUAUUUUCUUUUAGGAAAAAUUAUACAGAUCACUUAUAAUGUUUGACAAGUCAUUGAUUAUUUCACUAAAUAUUACAUAUGUGUACAAACAUAGGGAAUGACAACACCAAUCAUGAGCAAAGUGUCAGAUUAGCAAUUCUUUAAAUUGAAGAGACAACACUGGUUGUCCCAAAGUUUUUAACUCUGCUGUUGUCCAGCACUGACCUGAUGUAAAUUGUAACUGGUGGUCAUUGUCUUCUUCUGCUUUAGAGGGAUAACCACGGCGGGAAUACCUUCAUGUGUGCUUGGUCUGAAACAGAUCGGAAAAUCAUGAAAGUAUAACAUGAAAUCAGGGAUAACUAAUUACGAGUUGUGUCUGAGAAGGUCACCGAAGAGGCUGUUUGUAGUGCAAGUGUUGUAGAGGCAGAGAAGUUGUCUUUGCUUGGCCUCAGUUCUCAGCAUUGCAACAUGUGAUAUUAUAAUGGAGCUAGUUUGGCAGAGUGGAGGGGGGAAAGAUGUGCAGUGUGUUUGACCCACAGUACACUUAAAGAAAAGCGCUUAUUCUUCUGAAUUCUGAGAGGACCAGUAUAAGACAUCACCCCUUUACAAUUACACUGGCGAAGCAUCUUCUCAGCAAGCAGAUACCCAACCCUUACUGCCAGUAUACAACUCAGUGGGCAUUCUAUAAAAAUCUAUUUCAUGGUCAUGCUGCCUCUACGUUGUUUGUUUGUAAUGAAUUGCACAAAACAAAGAAAAAUCUGGGGGAAAUGAUGAAAACGGUUUAAAUGAGAUGAGUCAAACGUUCAUAAUCAUAAUUACUUUAUGUCUGAAAUGUACACUUACCUGAAACACGAGAAUGGUUUAUUACUCUUUCUGUGGUGGGUAUGAAGUACUGGUCUGCUUGUGUGUCCUGAUAGUUGAGUGUCAUUGUCUGAAAAUAAUAACUAAAAGAACCAGACAUGUCUUCAAAUAUGUUUUCUAAGCACCUGGCCUUGUGUUCAAGAUUUUUUUAUUUUAUUUUAUUAACAUUGUUUAUUAGUUGGUAGUCAUUAAUACAAUGUCUCUACCUUGAUAGGGUAGUUUGAGAUCACAGCCACCUUUUAAUCUAAAAUAUUUAAAUUAUUUAAAUUGCUAUAUUAGAUUUAUUAAGGUGAGGUUUUUAUGUGGGUAAAAAAAACAUGGAACAAAGUUCCAAAAAAUUCUGAAACUAACAAAAAAAAAACAUUCCAGUUAAUGAAAACAAAACAUGUAUUUGUUAAAAUUAAUUUGUCAUUGACAAGAAAGAUUAGGAGCCACUUUUGGAAAGAGCCAUGGCUUUCAGGACAGUUGCCUUAACUGUAACUCACUCCUACGUUAUGUGCCCUUUCUGUUAUUUUUAGAGUGACAUCCGAGGAGUUGAAAACAAACUUCAUCUUCUCAGAUUUUGAUGCAGAUAAAUAUCUUUAAAGCUGCACUACACUACCCGACAGUUUUGCUGUUCGCUUUCUAGUUUGCUCUAAUAUUUCAUGUCACUUCUUGUGAACUUUUCACAAGUGACCAUACUUGAUACCAGUCGUCAAUUUGGGGGAAAAAAGAGACACAUGGUGUCUCAAAUAUGAUUAAUGAGACGUCAAAAUCUACAAUAGUGCAGCUUUAAUUUUGUCACCCAUGGUUGCUGUGCACUACUGACAACUUCUACAGUGUUAACGCCAGAAGGGAAUUAUGAUUUAAACUACCCAGCAAAAUGCCCACCAGGCUUAUGACUUAUUCAUUAUCUUUUCUUUUUUUUUUUAGAUUUAAAUAGAAAUGAAAGCCUUUUUUUUUCUUUUUAUUGAUACGAGUUCAUGUAUGUGUGGAAACUCCUCCCUGCCAGAGGAAUGACAGAGAACAAAAGCCAAAUAGAUACAAAUUGUUUUAAAAAUGCUAAUUGAAAAUUAGAGUAAUAUCUUCUUCAAACUAAAUAUUAUGUAUGAGAUAUUUUAACCUCACAGCAUGCAGGUCAUUGGUUCUGCCUUCAAAGAGCGCUCAUUUGGAGAGAAAUGUUGAAUACUUUUUGCUUGAGAGUGGCUUUUCUGCACUUGUGUUUUGCCACAGUAAGCAGUGUGAUGCUAAAAGAAAAAGUGGAAUUUAAGAUCAAUGCACACCUCUGACACAGCACAACACACAAUAGGGGUCCUUGUGUUUGCCCUGAGAGCGAAAAAAGAUCACUUUAUGUUUUAAUAUCUGCAAAAAAGAAAAAAAAAAAAAAGACUUGGACAGUAGCAGCAUACAGUACAGUAACUGGGUUGAAACAUAGGGAUAGUUUAAGCUAUGUACAUUUAUUUCAAUAACAUGUUUAACUAUGCUAUAUUGUGCAAUAUUGCCUUUAUUUAAACUAUGUAAGGGGCAGUGAUGUAGUUUUCUAAUGUGCAUGGGCAUUCUUUUUGUCACAUUCAUUUUACUGAUGUGAUGGUGAGGAUUUAGUAGCUUGAGUAGAUUAGAGGUGAUGCUCUUUUCUUUUUCUUUUUUUUUUUCCUCAGUCCUACAGAAUGCUUUUGCACUAUGGCACCUCUCCCACAAGUAACACUUAGGUAAAUGCAAAUAAUGGUAUACAACCUAAUGUAUACAACGCAUGUUGUGUAUGUUUUCUGGUAUGGGAAAGUUUAACUGAAUGACUGGCAGCCAUGAGAUUAAAAUGGUAUUAGAUUAGUAUUUAAGUUGUCUUUUGGAACUAGUCAUAGAAAAAAAAAAAAUAAUAAUAAUAAUUUGGGUCAUUUAAGUCCAAACUGGAACAUUUUGAAUAACGUCCAGGACACCUCAGCAAUACAGUGACGAUUAAGACAAUCAAUUAUUCUAGUUAAGAGUGACAUCAGAAAACCUUAUGUCAAAUGUAAAGCAUUGCAGUGACCACUAGUAAAGAGGUAUCAGUAACUAGAUAGCUCUAAGUCUCAGUUAUUUUCCCUUAUUUUUAUUUUUCAUUUUGACAGCUAUUAGUAUUAUUGAAAUAUAACUAAAUUUCUCAGGAAGCCAGCUAGUACUCACUACGUUUUAUUUUGAGUUGAUUGCCUAUUUUUUUUCUAUUACACCUGGUAUUUUUAUUAAUUUAAACAGUUGUUUUAUACAGUUACAGUUUUAUAUGCAUUUCUAUACAUUCUUUUAUAGUUUGGUGUAUUUAAUAUUGACUGCUGGUUUAAAACAAAAUGUGUUUGUGUUUUUUAAAAAAAAAAACCUUGAUUUUGCGUUUUUUUUGUUUGUUUUUUUUUGUCAAUGACCAUGUAUAAUCUGAGCGGUGUUGUUGUCUGCAUUGUAAUUAGCACAGAUGAAGCGUGUGUGUUAUCUGUGUGUGAGUAUGCUGGCAUGAUGAGACUUUGUCACCCCUUGAUGUUCAUCUUUCUCCUCUUAAAAUCACUAUUUUUGGGUACAAAAUGUUUUGUUUUUUUUAUGUUUCCCAACUAUCAUCCAAUCAUAUGUGAUGUACAAAUUUGGCUUCAUGCGGUGUUUGGUUGUUGUUUUUUCCGUUUGUUUGUUUUUUUCAUGAAUAUGGAAAUUAAAGGUGCAUCAGUAUUGACAUGAAUGAUGUGACAGUGAGCAUUUUGUUUAAAUAUGUGUCCCAUCCUUUCCUGCACACCAUCCACUAGAGGUCAAAUGAAAUAAACUCGGUCGACCAAA